UUUUAUUUAGACUUGAACUCAACCCUAAUAACAGUGGAUAUUCAAACAUUAUAAAUACCUAUCUAAAGCUUGAAAAACAUAUCCUGAAGUUGCAAUCCUUAUUUUUUCUAGUGAUUUUACGCUCCAGACAAAGAAAGGAGAAACUUUUUGAGAUGUAAAUAUUCUUGCGUGUUCUAUUGUGUUUUCGUAUAAGGAGUAUAAGGUUGCCAACUUGAAGUGAUAUAGAAGAAGAUAAGCUACCAAUGUGGAGGCUAAAGAUAGCAGCAGGAGGCAAUGAUCCUUACGAGUACAGCACAAAUAAUUUUCUUGGAAGGCAAAUAUGGGAGUUCGAUCCUGACGGUGGCUUCCCUGAAGAGCGAGCUGAGGUUGAGGCUGCCCGUGAAAAUUUCUGGAAAAAUCGAUUCCAGGUCAGGUGUAGCUCUGACCUCCUUUGGCAAUUCCAGUUUCUGAGAGAGAAAAAGUUCAAACAAACAAUUCCUCAAGUAAAGAUUCAGGACGGUGAGGAAAUUACAUCUGAAACUGCCACUGCCGCAUUAAGGAGGAGUGUCCACUUGUUCUCAGCCUUGCAGGCUAGCGAUGGCCACUGGUGCGCAGAAAAUGCAGGCCCGAUGUUCUAUUUUCCUCCCCUGGUUUUCUCUCUGUAUAUUACAGGCCAUCUUAAUACUGUGUUCUCUGCGGAGCAUCGCAAAGAGAUCCUACGUUACAUAUACUGUCAUCAGAAUGAAGAUGGUGGGUGGGGAUUACACAUUGAAGGUCACAGCACGAUGUUCUGUACAGUUCUUAACUAUAUAUGUAUGCGCAUACUUGGCCAAGGACGUGAUGGUGGAAGGGAUAAUGCUUGUGAAAGAGGGCGAAAAUGGAUUCUUGAUCAUGGUGGUGCGACUGCCAUAAGCUCAUGGGGAAAGACAUGGCUAUCAAUACUUGGUGUUUAUGAGUGGGAUGGAAGCAACCCUAUGCCCCCAGAGUUUUGGGUCUUUCCUACUAUUUUUCCCAUGCAUCCAGCAAAAAUGUUUUGCUACUGUCGACUCACUUACAUGCCUAUGUCGUACUUGUAUGGUAAGAGGUUUGUUGGUCCAAUCACACCUCUUAUUUUACAAAUAAGAGAAGAAAUAUAUAAUGAACCUUAUCACGAAAUCAAGUGGAAGAGUGUGCGCCAUUUAUGUGCAAAGGAAGAUAAUCACUACCCCCACACUUUGAUACAAAUAUUGAUGUGGGAUGCUCUUUACACAUUUGGUGAGCCCCUCUUCACUCGUUGGCCCUUCAACAAAUUGAGAGAAAAGGCUCUCAAAGUAACGAUGGAUCACAUUCAUUAUGAAGAUGAAAACAGUCGAUACAUUACCAUUGGAUGUGUGGAAAAGCCACUAUGUAUGCUUGCUUGUUGGGUUGAAGAUCCCAAUGGGGAUGCUUUUAAGAAGCAUCUUGCUAGGGUAGCAGAUUAUGUAUGGGUUGGAGAAGAUGGAAUAAAGAUGCAGAGUUUUGGCAGUCAAGUAUGGGAUACAAGUCUUGUCCUCCAAGGUUUGAUUGCUAGCAACCUUUCUGAUGAAAUAGGGCCUACACUUAAGGAAGGACACAACUUUAUAAAGAAUUCUCAGGUCACCGAGAAUCCUCCUGGUGACUUCAAAAGUAUGUUUCGUCAUAUAUCCAAAGGAUCAUGGACUUUCUCCGAUAAAGAUCAUGGAUGGCAAGUUUCCGAUUGCACUGCAGAAAGUAUGAAGUGUUGUCUGCUUUUCUCUAUGAUGCCCGCGCAAGUUGUUGGUGAGAAAAUAGAACCUAAGAAGCUGUACGAUUCUGUCAAUGUCUUACUUUCUCUUCAGAGUAAAAAUGGUGGUUUAUCAGCCUGGGAACCAGCAGGAGCAAGAUUAUGGUUGGAGUGGCUCAAUCCUGUGGAGUUUCUUGAAGACCUUGUAAUUGAGCACGAGUAUGUGGAGUGUACUUCGUCAUCAAUCCAGGCCUUAGUUCUAUUCGAGAAGUUAUAUCCUGAGCAAAUGAAGAAAGAGAUCGAAACGUUCAUCGUAAAUGCUGUGCAAUUCCUCGAAGACAUACAAAAGCCUGAUGGUUCAUGGUAUGGAAAUUGGGGAAUAUGCUUCCUUUAUGGCACAUGGUUUGGGCUUGGAGGGUUAGCUGCUGCUGGCAAGACUUACAACAAUUGUGCUGCUAUUCGUAAAGGUGUUGAUUUUCUUCUUAAAUCACAAAGAGAUGAUGGUGGAUGGGGGGAAAGUUACCUUUCCUGCCCAAAGAAGGUAUAUACUCCUCUUGAGGGUAGCCGAUCAAAUUUGGUACAGACUGCCCUGGCUAUGAUGGGUUUGAUUCAUGGCGGACAGGCCCAAAGAGACCCUACACCUCUACAUCGCGCUGCAAUGUUGUUAAUCAAUUCUCAGACAGAACUUGGUGAUUAUCCACAACAGGAAAUAAUGGGAGUGUUCAUGAGGAAUUGUAUGUCACACUACUCGGCAUAUAGGAAUAUUUUUCCCAUGUGGGCUCUGGCAGAAUACCUCCGCCACGUUCCUUUGCCUUCCAAAAAUAUCUAAAUCAAGUCUGAAGUGUUGGCCAAUGUAAGAUUUUUCUAAAUAAUUACUAUAAUUAAUAAUUAAGAUAAAAUAAACUAUAUUCAUGUAUCCAGAGAAAUAGAAAGUUAAGCACCUGAAUUAGGAUGAUUAAAUAAUUAUUUGUAUAUCUUGGAAUGUGUGAUUAGACAAAGACCUUUGUAUCUAAGAAUGUGUGCCUAACCUUGUUGUAUUAUAUUAUACAUGUGAAGGGUAUGGAAAUGUCUAUGGAGAUGAAGUGGAAGGCUAUGCAAAUAAAGUGAAUGUUUAUGGA